UUUCAAGUUAGUAUGUUGAAUUUUCAAGUUAGUAACUUGAAUUUUCAAGUUAGUUUCUUGAAUUUUCAAGCUAGUAUGUUGAAUUUUCAAGCUAAUAUGUUGAAUUUUCAAGUUAGUAUGUUGAAUUUUCAAGUUAGUAUGUUGAAUUUUCAAGUUUGA